ACUCGCCCCUUGAUUUUAUUUUUACAAAUUUUAUUUUUUUCACAAAAACUAGUCGCUGUUUCUCUCAGUCUCUCUCACCGACUUCUUUCCCCAAAAUUUCCCCACCUCCUUCUCCGUCCGUAGCCUCAGGACAAGGGAUUGCAAUUCCCGUGGCAGCACCCUGCAAGUCGGCGAGGGAUGGACGCGGUGUCGCUGUGCAGCAGCAGCAGCACAGAGCUUUCGCCGGAGGAAGAAAGGAUUUUGAUACGAGACAUUGCUUUGGCUGCUGAAGCCAAUUCCAAAGAGGGCGAUGUCUUCUACUUGCUCACCCAAAGAUGGUGGCAACGUUGGAUUGAUUAUGUGAACCAUGACCAACCCAAUAACCCGAAUGAUGCAUCCUCGGUGUCGGAGCAUUGUGAUUCGCCCGGUUCCAGUGCCUUAAAGAGGCCUGCUGGUAUUGAUAAUUCUGACUUGAUAUAUGAUGCAGCAUCAGAGGACACCAAUUCGGGCAUUGAGAUACAUGAUACGUUACUGGAAGGCCGCGAUUAUGUCUUGCUCCCGCAUGAAGUUUGGAACCGAUUGCAUACAUGGUAUGGUGGUGGUCCAACAUUGCCAAGGAAAGUGAUUAGUUCAGGUCUUUCUCAGCCGGAGAUGGCAGUAGAAGUGUACCCUCUGCGGCUUCAAUUACUUGUGAUGCCAAAAGGUGACCGCUCUACCGUACGAAUAAGCAAAAAGGAAACCAUUGCAGAGCUUCACAGAAGAGCUUGUGAUAUCUUUGAUCUUAGCUUGGAACAAGUGUGCAUUUGGGAUUACUAUGGACGCCGGAAACAUGCCCUGAUGAACGACAUGGAUAAAACUCUUGAUGAUGCCAAUAUACAGAUGGAUCAGGAUAUUCUGGUGGAGGUGCUUAACCCUGUCAAUGGUAACACAUCGGGUGGAUCCCCGAGUUCUGUUCGCUCUUUAGAGAAGGAAGCUUCCUCUGUUCUUGUAGAGCCUUCUAAGUCAAGCUUGUCGAUUGCAGGAGGUUUAUCUGCAACCAGGGGUGCAUCAAAGAACUACAGCUCAGAGCUCAUACAUAGUCAAGGCCUGAUUGCAAGGGAACUGGAUACUACAUACCCUACGACUGGUGUUAGUACUAGGGGGUCGUCUGUUGGUUUGACUGGGUUGCAAAACCUUGGGAAUACUUGUUUUAUGAAUAGUGCUAUACAGUGCCUCGUUCAUACACCGGAGUUUGCUAGAUAUUUUCGGGAAGAUUAUCAUCAAGAGAUAAACUGGCAAAACCCUCUGGGCAUGGUUGGUGAGCUAGCUGUAGCAUUUGGUGAGUUACUGCGGAAGCUAUGGGCACCUGGACGAACACCAGUGUCCCCUCGACCUUUUAAAUCCAAACUUGCUCGCUUUGCGCCUCAGUUUAGUGGUUAUAAUCAGCACGAUUCUCAGGAGCUUUUGGCAUUUUUGCUAGAUGGUCUUCAUGAAGAUCUGAAUCGCGUGAAACACAAACCUUAUAUAAAGUCUAGAGAUGCUGAUGGCCGGCCUGAUGAAGAAGUCGCAGAUGAGUAUUGGGCAAACCACACUGCUCGUAAUGAUUCUAUAAUUGUUGAUGUGUGCCAAGGCCAAUAUAAGUCAACUUUGGUUUGUCCCGUUUGCAAUAAAGUCUCUGUUACGUUCGAUCCCUUUAUGUACCUUUCGUUGCCACUCCAGUCCACCACCACUAGAACAAUGACGGUGACAGUUUUUUCUUGCGAUGGAAGUGCAUUGCCGUCUACUUGCACUGUCACAGUCCCAAAACAGGGACGUUGCAGGGACUUGAUCCAGGUGCUUAGCAAUGCUAGUUCUGUGAAGCACGGUGAAAAGCUUUUGCUUGUGGAGAUACGAAAUCAUAUGAUUCAGAGAUUUUUAGAAGACCCAUUAAUAUCAUUGUCUACCAUCAAAGAUGAUGACCAUCUUGCUGCUUAUAAGGUUCCAAAAUUGCCAAACAAAACAAAGUAUCUUCAGUUGAUACAUCGCCGUCGAGAACAAGGAAUUAGUGAUUCCCAGGUUGCAUCAGGAUGGAAACCCUAUGGAAUACCUCUUGUCUCGCCAAUCUCUUGUGUUGAUGAAAUUAAAGGAGGCAAUAUACAGACGAUUGUUCAUAAAAUGCUUUCUCCAAUGCUUAAAGCUAAAAGUAUGGAUAUAUCCGGUGUAAGCUCAACAACAGCUGGAUCAGACGCCUCUCUUGAUUUGGGUUCACGUGAAGCAUGUACUGAUUCCACUGUAUCAAAUUCAGCUAGUAAGGACAUCACUAGUUCUGAAGCGGUGAAAGCCCAAGAAUUGCCUCUAAAGUUGGUGGCUGAAAAUAAUUCAUGCAUUGAUCUAUCAGCGAGGAAAGAUAAAGCCAUCAAAUUGGCCUCAUCUUCAACAUCAAUACUAAUAUAUGUUGAUUGGUCACAGAAGCUUUCGGAAAAGUAUGAUACUCAGUAUCUAGAAACCUUGCCAGAAGUUUAUAAAUAUGGACCUGUAACAAAGAAAGCCCGAACUGAACCUCUCUCCUUAUACACCUGCCUUGAAGCUUUUCUACGUGAAGAACCACUGGUGCCUGAAGAUAUGUGGUACUGCCCGAAGUGCAAGGAGCGAAGGCAAGCAAGUAAGAAGCUUGAUCUAUGGAGGCUUCCAGAAGUGUUAGUCAUCCAUCUAAAGAGGUUCUCAUACAGCAGGUCGAUGAAGCAUAAACUGGAAACCUUUGUGGAUUUCCCAAUCCAUGGUUUUGAUCUAACACGUUACGUUGCUAACAAAAACAACUCGCGACGUCAACUUUAUGAGCUCUAUGCCUUGACCAAUCACAUUGGCGGAAUGGGUAGCGGCCACUACACUGCACAUAUCAAGCUUCUAGACGAGAAUAGGUGGUACAGUUUUGAUGACAGUUGCGUAUCACCGAUAAAUGAAGACGAGGUGAAGUCAGGCGCCGCGUAUGUACUCUUUUAUCGGCGUGUGCCAACUGAAGAUGCAGCUGUUAGCGAUGUGGCCUAAUCCUUUGCAGCGACGUCAAGUGUUUACUUACAAAAAAUAGUAAGACUAACUCUCAAGGCUAUGUUUAUUUCGUGGACUAAAUUACAGAUGGAAAAACUAGUGAAAUGUGUUUAGUAGGUUAUUUAAAAACUUCAAAUGGAUGCUUGUGUGUUUUUCUUUCAAAAUGACAAUAUCAUGUAAGGCACCACUAUCAUUUGUGUUCA